GCUUGAAGAUGCCUUUGGUCAUUUGUGGUUACCAUCGCUGAUAAUGCAAUGGUAUUUGGCAGCUCCAUUACUGUUCCGGCUGCAGAGGAUGGUCACAGAUAAAGAGAAGGCCUUCUUCGCAGGAGUAUCUGCGUUUUCGUUGUUGAUUUAUCUAUAUGCACGAAAUAUGAUAGGAGCUUACUGGUUACAAGGUCGCCUUUGGCAGUUCUGCGCAGGAGUCAUUGCAGCACUAUACCUCCCCAAAGAACAGUGCCUCGCACCAAGUCCAGAGGAAGAAGUCCUGCUAAAACAAUAUGAUGAUAAACUCGAAAGAGUCGGCCUACUCGACAGCGGAGAUAGGCAUACAGAGCGCAGCGAAGCUAACCUCAGUUGGCCUGCUUAUAUCCGCUCAUUUCUCCGGCAUCCAGUUUUUCUACUACCUUUGCUUAUACCGGUAAUGUGGUUCCGCUUUCCCACAUUCGAUCUCAGGCUUUAUAUCACAGCAGCGUCUGCAUUGCUCCUCUAUGCUGGACAGAAGGAAGAGGGCUUUAUGUUCCUCACAAAUCGGGCAGCAGUAUUUUUGGGAGACAUUUCUUAUGUGUUGUAUUUAACACACUGGCCGUUGCACUGUAUUGCAAAAUAUAAUAGCGAUAUCUUUUCCAAAUCGGCCGAACUGGGCAUAUGCAUCACAACUGGUAUCGCAUUGCUUGUUCACUUCCAUAUUGCCAGAUUCUAUCGUGAAAUGUCAUCAAAGGCGACAACAUUUUUCUUUAUUGGAGUGGUUGUGAUAACAGUUUUCAUGUCGAUGAAAGAAGUUAAUUACGAAAAUGAUAGACUUCACUAUGCUACUAUAGGCCUUCAUGAUGCUUACUACGAUAUUGUAAACUCUAUUUAUUGA